UAUUAGACACAGCGAUUAAUAUUUCCGCCAUUAAUUGAUGGCUUCUCAACUUAAGACUGUGUAGGUAUUCAGUGGUUUUGGAUAGAUAUCUUAGUAACUUCACAAAGCACUUUAGUUCCUUUUUACGCCUCAACUCGUCCUACUCGAUGGGGGACAAUUCAGGCGACAAAGUGCUCCUCUCCGUUAUAAACUCAUUGUACACAAGUUGCGGUGACAGAAGCUCUGCAGUUCAAGAAAGUGCUAAGAAUUCUCUGGUCCAACUGAGUCUUGCGAACGCCGAAACAGUUCUGCUGAGUGCUUGCAAUUUCCUCAACAACAAAGGAGCGCCAUCCAAAACACAUCAAAUCGCAAUUUUAGAAGUGCUAGAAAAAAGCGUAAAAGAUGGCAAUCAACAAAAAAUUACUCCCGGUUUGGCUAGAAAGUUAAUAGAAUGCAGUGUUGGAGUUAUGAUCAAUAACAAGGAGGUGGUUCCCGAGUUACAAGGGGCUGCCAGUUCUGUUCUGGUAGCUUUGAGCAUGAACAACUUUCAAUCUGUUUGGAACGAGUUGGAAAAAAAAUUAGACCCCGGUUCUCUGCCGCAUUAUUUCACACUAAAAACGUUGGGAACCCUCGCUACAUUGCAUGCUCAAGAAAGUUGUCCAAAACUGAAACGUAUUUUAGGACUUCUAUUGCCAAUGUUUGGUAUGGUCAAGUUAGACAACAUGAAGUUUGUCUUUGCGACGACAAUUGCUGAGUUUUGUUCAGCAAUACAUGAGGCAGUGUCGACUGAGCCCGAGAAAUUGGCGGAUUUCAAAACCGAGAUUGAAGCCGAGAUUCUGUCGUGUUUUGACGUCAUUUUCAAUGUUUGGAUUGCCGUCAAAGAUCAAAGAGUUCAGUUGGCUGUUUUAGAAGCGACUACUAAAAUUUGUUUUCUUCUACCUUCAGGAAAAUUUGAGGAAAAUGUUCCCAAAAUAACCCAAACGAUAUCCAACAUGAUGAAAAAAUCAAAAGAGCAAAUAACGCUUUUAAUCAUUCUUGGAACUUUUUUGGAGGCGUGCGUUGAACAAAAAAGCGCAGGAUUGGAAACUAUUUUUGACCAAGUUUGGAAUACUCUUUUUGUCAUUGUGAUGAGUUUGAACGAAAGCGAGCUGGCAACCAACAAGACUUUCAAAGAACUUUGCAAGAUUUACUCAACACUGAACAAGCGCUUUGAUCAGAAACAACUCUUGACUAUAAUGUCUAAAUUUGAUAGCAAAGAAGAGAAUCAAAAAAUAUUCGGUCUUGUGAUUCUGAGACAUCUGAUAAAUUUUGACUCCGAGCGUAUGAGCACAGGUGAUAAGAAAGGCGUGAUUGUCAGUGGUUUAAAAAACAUCCUUGAAGAUCAAAGUUUGAAGGUGCGCAAAAAUCUAGCCCUGACUAUUCUCGCCAUUGCUCUUCAGGAUUUUCUAUCUACUGAAGGAUCUUACCCAUUGAUUGAAUUUAUAGUAGUAAAUAGUGCUUUAAAAUCGAGUGAAAAACCCGCCAAAUCAGGAGUCCGCAAGGUGAAGGAUACUGAUAUGGCUAGCCAACUGGUUAAUGAGCUAGUAAUGACCUGCCAAAAUGUGUUGCACAAAUUAUUUACGAACAUCAUAUCCCUAAACUUUGUUCUUUGGCCUGACAGUAUGCAGUUUUUGAUGUCGGCGAAAUGUCACCAUUCAGUGCACAACUUGAGUUCGAAUCUCUUGCUUCUCCUUAACAGUUUGGUAGAAAACGGCGAUGAGGAACUUUUCUCAAUCGAUUUUGAAGAGCAUAUAAAUCUGCCUCGGCCGAUUGAGCUUUUCGUCCGAAUGAUCAUCUUGAGUGGAGAUCCUCCGAUAAACUCUUGUGGUACAACCUACAUGAACCUGCUCCAACUUUUGAACCCUUUCUUUGAGGACGAAAUUCAAAAAAUGUGGUCAAAAGUUAUUCCUAAGUUAGUGACUUAUUUGGAAGUUCACGAGAGCGAAAACUCAUUUGAUCAAGCUGCUUGGGAAGAACUUCUUUUGAAGUUGUUCUACAGAACUCUAGGCUUGUGGGACGACGAAGAAAUUUACAUUCAAGUAGCAGACGCUCUCAUAGCCCAGCUGAACUUAUUUUACCUCUCAAACAAUGACAGUCAGUCUAAAUAUUUCACCUACAAAUGUCUAGGCUUCGUCAUGCGACAAUCACAGAGUAAAAAGUUAGUUGACAAAGUUGUGGCGGAAACCUUAGGUACAGUUGAUCAUUUAGAUCAACAUCAAAGGGAAGGUUAUGCUAUCGGCUUAGGAUACGGAGCUGCCACACAUUUGGACCAAAUUUUAGAAAAACUGGAUUGUAUUCUCAAAGGAAAACCACUCGAGGAGCCAAAACCAGCCGAAGCACCGCCUCCAACUAAAAAACGAUUCGGAUUGUCAAGCUCAUCUAGCUCUGCUCCGAAAGCAGUGACCAAAGCGGUCGACGAUAAAUUAAAGGCAACAGUUAUGUUGGCCUAUGGGAACGUUUGCUUCUACGCGCCCAUCAAUUUGAUAACAUCUCGAAUGGAAGCUUCCAUUUUGAAAUCACUGAACCCCCAUUUCGCAUCAGCGAAAGAUUUAUGCCUCCGUCAAAAUGUACUAAGAGCCACUAAACUUUUAGCAAAAAGUAUGCAUGAGGAUCAUCUGAAACAGAAAUACGUGUUUAAUAACCGAAAUGACAUUAUCAAAAGUCUGCUCACAAUUAUCCACUCGGAACCGAAUUCAGUUUUGACAACAUCCACUCGGCAACUCGGCUUUGUAGCGCUCGCUGCUCUGGCGCAGUUGACUCCAACACUGACUGACUCGGAUGUGGAAAAUGUUAUCACAACUUGUUCACAAUCUAUUAUGUCACUUUCUCAAGACAACAACAGCCACGAAAACAAAAAAGUCGAAACUAUAUCGGACGAUGAGUAUUCCAAACUAAUUCAAGAAGCGUUUGAUGAUUUCUAUGAUUUAUUAGAAGAAAUCACCAAGCUGGCCAAAUCUAACUUUGGACAGAUGUUCAAAAUUUUUGGACAUUUAGAAAAUGAUCUUCUGAGCAACUCUUCGGCUGAAAAGUUGCGAUCAUUAAAAGCAUGUCUGAAAAUUUUUGAAACCUUCGAGUCACAGUUCAAAUUUGCUGAUAAUUCUUCGUGUGAAGGCCUUGGUCAAAUUUUGGCGCGUCUUUUACCGCUCUGCAAUGACGAGGAAUCAAAUAUUAGGAGCACCAGUUUGAAAUGCAUUGAGCGUUUGUACAAAAUAUCUACUCUAAAUAAACCCGCUGACGAAGAUACAAAAGCUACAGUUGAAUCUGUUUUCGACAAAAUUCGAGUAACAAUUGAGUCGACUGUUAAUUCGUUCGGUCAACUGAACGAUUUGUCAAAAGUAGUUUCCUUUAUGGUGGACGUUCAAGAAAUUUUACAAUACACUUUGACACUUUUUGGAGGUAUCUCAAACUCGAAUCAGAGUCAUUCGGCCGCAGCAUGCAUUGCUCUAAACGGGAUCUUCAAGCACAGAAGUGAGCAGUUCAACCAUAACAUAUCUUCUAUCGUGUCUGAGUUCUGUAGUGCUAUGGAAACAGUUAUCAGUGAUGAAAAACUGAAACAAGGACUACUAAAAGCAUACAAGGUUUUCGGAGUCGCUCAUUUGAGUCCCGUGGUCCAAGAACUAUUGUUGUCGCAGUCGAUCCCGUACUCAGCGGCGACCAAGGAACUCUGGACUUCACUUUGCUCCGUAAACUCUAACGUUACAACCCAAGUACUGAGGCUAUUUUUGGAUCUUCUUACAACUAAACAGCCAUAUGAAGAAAAAGGAACAGUUAGAACGGCCUCUAGAAUCGUUCUAGCCAUAACUUUGACGUUUGAAGUUCUAAAAGACGUUGAGAAUGUACGCGAAGUUGUUAAGACCCUAUUUCCAGAGUUACUUAUUGCGCUCUUAGCAAACGUUGGAUCACUUCUGAAGACAGAAAACCUGAAACCAGCGAGUGGCGCAGCAAAACCAGCAUCAAAAACAAGUAGAUUCAGUCGGAAGAAGAAAAACGCAGAAGAAAAAGAGUCGGACGUGUCAGGGCAAACGACAAGCUUAAUAGUGCCGAGAGAGGCGGCGAGCAGUGCGCUGAAAUAUUUGCUCGAAACACUAAACAACGAAGUUCCGUUCAUACAACAAUGUGAACAAUUCCAAGAAAAGCUCACACAAAAGGAUACAGUGUUUGAAGGUAUUGAAAAACUUGCGGAUGUCAUAUGCGAAAAUCUAGGCGAUUAUUUAGCGAGGAUUGUGCCUUUGGCGUUUAAUACAUUGAAUAGUGUUUACGAGGAUCAAAGAAGCUGCGCAGCAUCAUUUUUUGGGCAACUAGUUUUUAAUAAAUGCGGCGGCCAAGAUGGCGGUUUGAUAGAUUCAGUUAUGAAUGUAUUACUUUCUAAAUUAAUUGACAGUUGCUACGAAGUUAGAAAAAUAUCUCUAGAAGCGAUUUCUAACAUCGCAAACGCAGGAAUUGAAAAUGUGAAACGCUUCAGCACGCCAGUUUUGAACGCGUUAGUAAUGGGUCUCGAAGAUAAUAAAGAAGGCCCUCAAAACGAAAUUACCCUAGUAAGUUUGAAUGGGUUGCAGAAAGUUUUGGAGGUUAUCGAUGAGCCUUCGGUUCGCAAUGUGUUAAACACUAUUUGCAUUCGUAUCAAAUCCUGCUACGAAAAGAAUCACGCGAAAGUUAGAAGCGCUGCGUUUCAACUUUUUGGCUCAUUGACCAAAUUUUGUACAGAUGAGUCUAAAGUAACGUUCAUUGACCAAAUACAUUCAAUUUUACCAACUUUGCUCCUGCAUACAAAUGACGAAGACGAGGAUGUCACACUUGCAUGUAAGAAAACAUUGAAUCAAGUUUCACCGUUAUUGAAAAGCCCAAAAUUGCAACAGUUUUGCGAAAUUGCCCACAAAAAAUCAUUGGCUCAAUUUCAUUAUGGAGAGUUUCUGAACAAUGUUGCAAAGAGCCUAAUUGCUGAGAUUCCGGAGAAACUUAAUUUCUUCAUAACCUCGAAUGUUCAAUUCUUCAAGAGUGCGAACCCGAAGUUAAGAGCCAACGCAGCUCUCUUAGUUGGGUUUCUGGUCGGUAAUUUGCCCGAGGAACAAAGUCACGUGGUUUCGAUUGAUCACGUGUUGAACUCUCUGACCGCUCUUCUGAAGGAUUCGGAUGUUCAAGUGCGGUCAUACACUGCCGAGUCACUUGGAUUACUCAGUAACCUCAUAGCUAACGCCUAACAUUUGAUUAGUUUUCAUGUAUAUUGCCUAUCGUUAUCAACUCAACUCUAUCCGUUUCAUUUAUCCUCAUUUUAAUUCAUUCAGAUCUUGUUAACUGUAGCCCUGCUCAAAAA